AUGGCUUCCAAUCCGCGAGAUCCGAAUACGCUGAGUAACUACAACAAUUGGCGCUCCACUCACAUCACCGCCAACUUUGAUAUCUUGUUCGAUCAGAAGAAGCUUGCUGGAAAUGUUAUUCAUCAAUUCACUUCCAUCACCGAUGCUGUGUCACGCGAGAUCAUUCUAGACACCAGUUAUCUGGACAUUGGCUCCGUCAAGGUUGAUGGUCAACUUUCCAAGUGGGAGCUUCUCCCCACAUUGGAUCCAUACGGCACUCCGCUCAAGAUUAGUCUGGAGCAAGGGGUCAAGCUGAAUGGAACCAUUGAGGUGGAUAUUGCGGUGAAAACCACGGACAAGUGUACUGCCCUUCAAUGGUUGACCCCCGCCCAAACUUCCAACAAGAAACAUCCGUAUAUGUUUUCGCAAUGUCAGGCCAUCCACGCCCGGUCCAUUUUCCCUUGCCAAGACACACCAGAUGUUAAGAGCACUUUGGACUUUAACAUCUCCUCACCCUUGCCGGUCAUGACAAGUGGUCUUCCUAUUCAGUCUGACGAGACCUCGCAAUCGGGCCACAAACUCUACCGAUUCCACCAGUCGGUCCCGAUCCCCAGCUAUCUGUUCGCGAUUGCCAGCGGAGAUGUUGCUCAGGCUUCAAUCGGUCCUCGGAGUGUGGUAGCUACCAGUCCGGAUAAGUUAGACGAGUGCAGAUGGGAACUGGAAAACGACACUGAGACCUUUAUUAACACCAUUGAGAAAAUUGUCUCACCCUAUGUUUGGGGCCAGUACAACGUUUUGAUUUUACCCCCCAGCUUCCCUUACGGUGGCAUGGAGAACCCAAUCUUUACCUUUGCGACCCCUAGUAUCAUCUCAAAGGACCGUGAAAAUAUCGAUGUCAUUGCACACGAAUUGGCUCACAGCUGGAGUGGCAAUCUGGUGACCAAUGCCUCGUGGGAGCAUUUCUGGCUGAAUGAGGGUUGGACCGUAUAUUUGGAGCGACGUAUUCUGGCUGCAAUCCAUGGCGAGUCGUACCGUCAUUUCUCAGCUAUCAUCGGUUGGAAGGCGCUUACUGAUUCUGUGGACCACUUUGGCCAUGAUCAUGAGUUUACCAAGCUGAUUACUGAUCUGAAAGGUAAGGACCCGGAUGAUGCCUUCUCCAGCAUCCCCUACGAGAAGGGCUUCAACUUCUUGUUCUACCUUGAAAACCUUGUGGGCAAGCCAAAGUUUGACAAGUUCAUUCCUUACUACUUCACCACCUUCCAGCGCAAGUCCCUUGACUCGUAUGAGUUCAAGGCAAGCAUCUUGGGUUUCUUCGAGUCGGAUGCCGAGGCAUCCAAGCUGUUGAACGAGCUGGAUUGGGAUAAGUGGUUCUAUUCCCCUGGAAUGCCCCCCAAGCCGCAAUUCGAUACAUCCCUGGUGGAUGUUGUAUAUGCGCUGGCUGAGAAAUGGGAGACUCUCCCUAGCUCGUCGUUCAAGCCGCAGGCAAGCGAUCUCGACGGUCUGACGGCCAAUCAGAUUGUCGUAUUCCUUGAACAGAUCCUUCGAUGGGAGCAGCCUCUCCGUCCGGAGCUUUCCAAAUUGAUGGGAGAGGUCUACGGAUUGUCCAAGAGCGAGAACAUUGAGGUGUCCAACCUAUAUCUCCAGGUUGGCAUGAAGGCUGGUGAUGAGAGCGUCAUCGAACCAACCACCGAGCUGCUUGGCCGAAUUGGAAGAAUGAAAUUCGUUCGACCUCUGUACCGCAACCUUCAGAAGAUUAACCGUACAAUUGCCCUUGCAACCUUUGAGAAGUACAAGGACUUCUACCACCCUAUCUGCCGCGGUAUGGUUGAAAAAGACUUGUUUGGUAAGAAGGAAAACUAG